AUGUCCUUUUUCCGAGUCCUUCUUUUCGUGAGCCUGGCGCUCUUCAACUUCACGGCCGCAACCUCACGACCCAUUGCUAUCGCUCGCCCUCCACUCGAGACGGGAAGUGUCCAUCGCCGCGGUGUCCCAUACAACGAGGUCAAGUACAUCAAGUACUUCGACGUUGGCGGCAGUCGGGUCACUUGGGCGUACAACUGGGAUUCUCGAUCUCAUGGUGACAUCGACGCAUGGUUUGAGUUCGUCCCAAUGCUGCACUCGAACCGCGCCGACCAGACUGGCAAGUGGGCUGAAGAUGUUCGGGCUGCCGCGUUUGCAAACAAAGACGCGCCCACUCACCUCCUUGGAUUCAAUGAGCCUGACAACUGCGAACCCGGCAUGGGCGGCGCUUGCAUGGACCUCGGCAGCUCAAUUGCUGCGUGGAAACAGCACAUGGAGCCUCAGAAGUCGCUCAAGGAGAAGAUGUAUCUGGGCUCCCCUGCCGUGACCAAUGGACCGAACGGGCUGGCCUACCUCUCAUCUUUCAUCAACGCUUGCACGGGCUGCAGCAUCGACUUCAUCAACAUCCACUGGUACGACGAAGCAAGCAACGCUGCCUACUUCAAGAAGCACGUCGAGGACACCCGCAAGGUCGCCGCCGGCCGUCCCAUCUGGAUCACCGAAUUCAAGCCGCGCGGUAAUGAUGAGCAGAUCGAGGCAUUUCUCGACGAAGUACUUCCUUGGCUUGAUACCUCAAGUGAUGUCCAUCGCUACGCUUACUUCAUGGCGACUACGGGGGACGGAUUCCUGAUCGAUAACGGUGGAAACAGCCUUAGCAACGUUGGAAGCCGUUACGCUUUCGGUGCUUAG